UCUUCCUUGUUGUAGUGAAGAGGUCGUUCUUCAGUGGAAGAAGAUCAUUAAGGCCUUCUAACGGCACCUCAAUGGAUACACACGUUUUCAACAGGGCAUACAAAAAGGAAGUUAUUAUGUAAAGUCUUAUUUCACGAGUGUAGAACUAACAAGGAAGGUAAUCGCAAAUCCUGCUAAGCAGUUAUACAUAUACAAUAUUUUGUCUAUUUUGCAGAAACAUGAAUUACUGAAUUGGAUAGAUAAGAGGUUCAAUGGGUAACUCUCAUUCACAAUCAGUAUCUCGCUUUGCUCCUUCUCUUCUUCAUAACCAUGAAAACAACCAUAAGGAAGGAAAAAAGUUUAGUAGUAAAUUUGCUAGUCCUGAAAAUCGUGUCCUUCCUAUAGCAUCAAACCCACCUCAACGAUUACGCAGUACAGAUAAUGGCUGUAUUUUACAAAAUGGAGGUACCAUCAGCGGCAGGAAAGCUAAUCCAGUAUCAGAACCAGAAUUCGUCCAGGUUUUACAAAAAAAAUGUCAUUCUAUGCAAUCGACAUUGUACGGCCACCGAAAAUCUCAUAGUGAUCCUGAUAUAGUUCGCAUGAUGAUGAAUGAUUCAGAUGAGGAUGACUCAGACAUUGAUGGACGAUGUGAAGAAACUAUAAAUAAAAGAAGUAUAAUUGCAGUCAGUCCCAGUAAAGCUAAAAUUAAAUCAAGAAAAAAGAAAAGAGCACCUCAGCCUCCCCAGUCUAACACUUUACCUAGAACACUAAGUCGAAUUCCGGUUUCAUAUAAUAAUGAAAAUCCACGAACUAAUAAAUGUUGUCUUAUAGCUCACGACUAUGGUGAUACACCUAGGCGACCUUUACCUCCAAUUCCUCCUGAAGAAAUGCCUCCUCCUCCCCCACCACCACCUCCAGAUUAUAAUAAAGGAUCAGAUGAUGUGAUUGCACUUAAAACAGUUAGUAAAAAUUAUGAAAAGAAUAGGAGAACAGUUGAAAAAUGGAAAUUUAGGUCAAAUCAGGAAUCUGUAGAAAAACGGAAACGUUGUAAAUCUUUAGAUCGGGUAGAGGAACAAAGAAUUCGGGAAAAUGUUGAAAACAGGACUGACAGAUGCCAAAGAAAUAACAGUUUAAGAAACCUUACUUGUAGUGAAAGUAAUUUGUAUCCAUCGGGAGAGGACGAAAAACCUUUGAAUUUUGCAUUGAAAGACGCAAUUACUGAUGCUGCUAAAAAGCGAGCUGAAAGAAUCAAAAGGGAACAUAGAAACCAGUCAUUCAAACUAUCAAUGCAACAUUCUCAAGAUUCGAAGGAACGCUGUGAACCUCCCACAAAUAAACAUUUUCAUGGAUAUAGAAAUGACGUUCAACAAAUUCAUAGAAAUAGUAAUUCUAAACACGAAAGACAAAGCAGGAAUGAUAAAUUUGUAACAGACCAUCGUGAUGUACCUAAUUUGGCUCGAAAUUCAUCACUUCAUAAAAUUUCAUCAAUUACCAGAAAUGAUUACGAGUAUAAUAUAAGAAAUAAUGAUAUGGUCACACAAUUGGAACAAAAACAUUUUAGUCCUAGGUUACCAAAAGUUUCAGCACCUGACUAUGAAAUUCGACAAAAUAAAUGGGAACCAACUUUUUUGGAAUCAAAUACGCGAUUUAAUCCUGAAGGAGCAAUAUCUAGUUCCACACCUUCCGAGGAAGAACUGGAAAUAGAUCUUCAGCUUCGACCCACAUUGCCCAGAAGACCAGUAGAAAUCUCACGUUUUUCACCCACAGAUGUUUGGAAAUCCAUUAAUUUGGACUUUUUUAAAUCUCACCAACAAAGAUCCGAUGUUAGUAGUGAUGAUGCUGAUGACUUAUUAGAAGAAAAAAUAUGUCGUAUCAACAGGCCUGUAGCCCCAAGAAAAUUGAUACAUGAUAGAAGCGGAGAUUCUGGAAUUUCUCCGGAUGCAGGUAGUCCAAUGUUAAUUAAUGAAAGCUUGGAAACUCUCGUUAUGAAUAAUAUUCAGAUAUGUAAUGCAUCUCCUGAUGAGCAUAAUUCUAUGUGGGUACCUCAACAUGACUUGGCAGAUGAUAGUGAAUGUGGUAGUGAUAACUCACCAUCCGAUGAUAGAAAUAGACCAUCUAAAAAUAUACAAGCAAAAUUUUCGAUGCCAAAUCUUAUGUUUCCUUCUAGAUCUCUUCCAAGAACAGACCAAAGGAAUGUUUUUGAUGAAAUACUCUAUCCAGAAAAAGAAAAGAUUAAGAGUAAAGGCAGACGAAAGAAAAGUUGCAAAAAUUCAGAAGGGCAACAUUUUAAUAGUUUAAGAAAUCUCAAGAAAGCAUUGGGCUUAAGAACAAAAGCUCCAGUUGAAGAGAACAAAGGCUUAGAUUCUAACUGGUCAUUAAGUAGAAGUCUGCCUAAUUUCAUUAAUAAUCUUAAUGUUGAAAAGCCAGAAAAUGAAACAACAGAAAUGUAUAUACUUGAGCAUGUAAGGCGCAGCAAUUCUGAAUCAAAAGCCAGGCAACAAGAAAGGGAAACUAAUAAAUCACCACAUGGUAAUCCUGUCAUGAAUCCCGAAUGGAAAAAAUCCUUCCCUGGUCAAUCCUCUGAAGGACAUGUCAUUUAUUUACCAGAGUAUAAAUCGACUCCAUUAAAAAAGCAUUCAAUAGUAGAUGAUAUCUACGUCAAUACCGAUAGUGAAUUAGUAAUGAAGAAACCAAUUAAUAGGAAGAAAUAUUCAUAUCAAAGUACCGUUAAGCAAGAAGAAAAGAAAAAAUUGGAAGAAAAGUUGGCUCGAGAAGUUGAAGCUCGAGAAAGAAAAAGGCAGGAAGAAAUUGAGUGGAUGAACAAAGUUGAAGAAGAAUUUCGAAAGCAGAGAGACAAGGAAAAAGUGAAUAUUCGUCAUCAACUCAGAAUCCUUAGCCUUCAAGAAAAAUCACCAAAAAACUUGAAUCAUUUGUAUGAAAGAGAACUUCAUGAAAACGAUGUUGCAGAAUAUAUUGAGAGUGUGUGUAAAUUAUAUCCAAGUCCAGAAACACCACAUGAAGCACAACAUACAUAUAACGAUUUAAUUGCUGAAAGUAACUGGCAACAGCCAACAGGGAUGAAAAAAUGGCUGAAACGACAAAACAGAGAUUGUCCCACCAGACCAGAACCAGAAGGAGGUCGUUCAUCAAGUGAUGAUUGCAAACAAAUGGAUGGAAAAAAAAGUUCUGAUAGGAGACUCCAAAAUAAUAGCAAUUAUUACAAAAAUAGCAGAUGUAAAUGUGAACAUGGUAAUGAUUGCAGUAUUUGCGAAGGGAGCUUUAAGAGAAAAACACGUAAUUUUUCCAGAAAUGAACUCUCUGCUGACCCCAUAUAUAACCAAACUUCAAUAGUUCACUCAAGUAUCUCGAAACAAGAGGUUCAUUCUUGUCUUUCUCAUGAAAAUGGCGUAAAAAACAAUAGUUUAAUGCCAGAUUCAAAUAAGAGUCGAUUUACACCUGACUCUGUUGAAGAACAUGAACUACAUACAAGAUUGUGCAGAACAAACAGCGGGCGUACAUUUGAAUCUCACUCUUAUUAUGCAUUAGAGAGGCGAAAAGAUGAAAUACCUGAUUACGAUCCAUUUAAAAAAAUGAAUGGAGACAAAAAACCCAAUCUGUUUUCGACUUUGAAUUUUGAAAAAGAACUGAAAGAAAACGUUCGUAAAAAGACAAGAGAAUUCGAGAAAAGAACCAGAAAAUAUCAAUCUUGCGAUUACAACAGUGAUGAGAGUGGUAGUGAUGGUCAAGACCACCAGAGACAAUCCACAAGAAAUCAGAAAAGGAAAUCUGAAGAACCAUCUUUUACAAGGAAUCAUCCACACAGAAACGGUGGUCGGGGAAAACAACAAGUUAACAACCAUCAUGUUAAUGGAAGAUCCUCCAUUUAUAUUAAGAGCGGUGCCAUAUUACCUCAGCAAAGAAUUCUUAGUUGCUCUUGAAGAGGACUCAAAGUUCCAUCAAAAAGAUCGAAAGUGGAAGUUUUUAAAAGAAUUAAUAUAUUGAAAAUCUAUCUUUCUUUAUCUAUAUAUAUAUAUAUACAUACGUAAAAAUUUGGUUUCUUUUGAUUAGCUUUUUUGUCAAAUUGAAAUACACGAAUAUAAACUUUUUUUUUCAAAAAUUUUAUUAUUUUUUUAUUUUAUUUUAAUAAUAUUGAAAAAAUAAUGAUCCAAUUCAAAGGAACAUUUGCGAAUAUAUUAAUUAUAAAGACAAAUAUUUAAUACAAAAGUGCCUGAUUGUAACUUUUAGUGUAAGAUAGAUUUUUUCUUUUGAUUUAUAAUGUUAAAAUGAAAAUAUUUAUGAACAUUAUAUUGAUAUGAAUAUAAAAUGA